AUGGCGAGCAUAUCCCUUCCAAACUUGUAUAGCAUCUACGACUUGGCGUCUACCAGUACCGAUGCCUCAGCUAGCGGGAAGAGGAAGCUAGCUACCUUAUGGCGGGGUAUCAUACUCUCAGGCGUUGGAAAGACAGCAUUUCCGUAUUGCCUCUGGAUACGAAACUUAAAACUUGGAGACUUUGAAGAAGUUCUGAGAGAUAUCGCCCCCUAUCCUAAUCUACGGGAUGCCUUUUUCAGGGACGGCAUGCGCUCCUUCGAGAUAUUGACGAAGACGACAUCAUCAAACACAAGACCAGGACAAGUCCAUCCCCAGCUUGACCUACAGAGUAUCAGCAACAGGGUUGGAGAUACCAUCACAUCUUUUGUCGAGGAGGCAGCGGCCCGUAGCAAAAAAGCUGUCGGGCUAACACAUCUGGAAGGACAUUAUAUUCCAAUGGACAUUCUACCGACGUGGACGUCGAGGCUAACCACCUUAACAGCCUUGCGCAUUCAGGAUGGCUCUGUGCUCGGGGAACAGGUGGCGGCAUCCAUUCGUGAAAAUUGUACGAACUUCAGGGAGCUUAACUGUUUCUAUUGCGAUGGAGCAACGGUGGAUAAAGACCUCGCCUCAUUUUUCAAGACGCUCAAACCAGAUUCCUUGGAGCUUUUUGGCGUAAGCAGCAAAAACCGUCUGGGAAAAGAAGCGUUUUCUGCACUCUCGCUUCAUGCGACAUCUCUCAAGAAGCUCCAUCUUUCAGGGCUCCAAGCUGCGGCUUUCCGGCAUUUGGGCGCACUGCUUCCAUGCGUCUCUCUAGAGAGCCUCGAACUGGAAGGCGAGAGAUCGAGUACCCUAGACUGGAGAUCAGAGACUUCAUUUGCUGAUGCCGUAUCGUGGCUCAGUUCUUGUGCACUGCUCAAGAGUCUCAAACUUUGGCAUGUCCCUAAUGCCACCACGUUACUGAAUCUUGUGUUCAAAUCGACACAGUUUCAUUUGUCGACGCUCGAUCUCAACUUGAUUGAUGAAGAUGAUGAGUUUUACUCGUGUCUUGGGACUCAGCCGACGCUUGAGAAUUUUAUGUUGCGAAGCAUUGACCCUCUUCCCGAAUACCCUUCACCACAGCACGCACAGCUCGUCGAGUCCAUUUGCAACAUGCGCUGCUUGAAGGUAUUAGAUAUACUACAGGCUAGACUUACGCCUGACGACGUCAACACCUUGGCGGUAGCCCUCGGACAUCUUGAGGAAUUCGGCUUUGACGGCGAUUUGUUUGACGAUGCUAUCUUCGACACACUUCUUAAAUUGCGCUGCUUGAAAAACAUCAGCUUCAGUGCAAACACCGUGUUUUCGUUCGAUGGCAUUCUUGGUUACAUUGACAGCCUCAAACUGAUGGAGUUGCCAAGUGGCGAGUUCGGUCUAGUCAUCAUGAACCAGUCACUGGACGCCAAACUUUCCACGGAGCAAAUAAGCUUCCUUACUAAGCACGCACAGACAAGCAUAGGUGGGAGAAUCGAGAUCGAGCAUCCGGAAGAAGAACACGAAAGCGACUUCUCAGACUAG